GGUAAGAAAGAUUACCCUUUUUUUCUUCUUUUGAAAAAGAAGAACUGAAUAUUUUGUUGCGUGAAAGUUAUAAAAAGGAUUUCAGGUACAUUAGACAAGACCGUUGUUGUAAACUAUUACCAAAAUUAUUAUUAUUAAAUUUUUUUUUUGACGACAUUUGUCUUCCAUCUGAUCUUGCUUGUCGUAGUCGUUUGUGCCUCUACAUUCUGCUCGCCCUCACAAUUCACAAUUCACAAUUCACAAACAAAAAAAGAAAAGGAACCCAAGAUUAUCUUCUAGGAAUCCAACAUUCACCCACCAAACAUUCACCUGCAUCCAUGAUUUUACUCUAAUCAAACACCCUGAAUUUUUUCUGUAAAACAAUUAAUCGGAUUUACUUUUGGUCGGUUGGUGUUCUUUCCCAUCCCCAUUCGCAAAGACCCAAAAAUUUCCCCCCGAAAUGUCUCUGUUAUUGUUGUUAAUUUAGUCACCCGUCAUGGCUGCUGCUGUUCUAAGAUCAAAAUCAUCCAGAGCCACAGCUUCUUUGUCAUCGCUCUCACACUUGAGAUACUGUUUGCUAACGCACGAUCUUCACACUGGUCCUCUUCCCAAUUUCCAUCUCACUAGUUCGAGGCCCGCAACAACCAAAUUAGAUGAAUACCAAUCGUAUAAACCCUUUUUGGUCUCAGGAGAAUCUGUUGAUAAGGGUUAUGGAUUUUUAAAGAGUAAUAGUAAGUGGAGAUUAAGUAAUAUGUAUGGUGGUAGUAUUGGUGGUGGUGGCGGUUUUGGAGAGCCGCCUGAGGUCUGGCAACCUCAUGGAGAUGGUGCUAAGAUUGUUCCAUUGCCCGGUUCGGGUAACCCAACAACCGACGGGUUCGGGUCAGGUUCUGGAGAUGGGAAUUGGGGAGGGUCUAAUUUGGGUAACAGCUUCCCAACUCCAAAGGAGAUCUGUAAAGGACUUGAUAAGUUUGUUAUUGGUCAAGAAAGAGCUAAAAAGGUGCUGUCAGUGGCAGUUUACAAUCACUACAAGAGGAUCUUCAUGGACAGUUCACAAAAGCCUGCAGGAAAUUCAAGAAAUGACAAGGGGAAUGGUGUGGAUGGUGAAACAGUAGAACUUGAGAAAAGUAAUAUUCUUGUAAUGGGCCCAACUGGUUCAGGGAAGACACUGCUUGCAAAAACAUUGGCACGCUUAGUGAACGUUCCCUUUGUUAUUGCAGAUGCUACUACACUUACUCAGGCUGGCUAUGUUGGGGAAGAUGUGGAAUCUAUUCUAUACAAGCUUCUCACAGUUGCUGAUUAUAAUGUAGCAGCUGCUCAGCAGGGCAUCGUGUAUAUAGAUGAAGUUGACAAAAUUACAAAGAAGGCUGAGAGUCUUAACAUCAGCAGAGAUGUCUCGGGUGAGGGUGUGCAGCAGGCAUUACUGAAGAUGCUGGAAGGGACUGUUGUCAAUGUCCCUGAGAAGGGUGCACGGAAACAUCCUAGAGGAGACAACAUUCAGAUUGAUACGAAAGAUAUUCUGUUCAUAUGUGGGGGUGCAUUUAUAGAUCUUGAGAAAACCAUUUCUGAAAGACGGCAAGACUCUUCCAUUGGUUUUGGGGCACCUGUCCGUGCAAACAUGAGAACCGCAGGCGUUACAACUGCUGCAGUCACGUCAUCUUUGUUGGAAACUGUUGAAAGUAGUGAUCUCAUUGCUUACGGAUUGAUUCCUGAAUUUGUUGGACGCUUUCCGAUUCUUGUCAACUUAUUAGCUCUUACAGAGAAUCAACUUGUCCAGGUGCUAACCGAGCCAAAGAAUGCGUUGGGGAAGCAAUACAAGAAAUUAUUUCAGAUGAACGGGGUUAAGCUUCAUUAUACAGAAAGUGCAUUGAGACUAAUUGCGAAAAAAGCCAUAACCAAAAACACUGGUGCUCGGGGUUUAAGGUCCUUGUUAGAGAACAUUUUGAUGGAUGCCAUGUACGAGAUUCCUGAUGUAAGAACAGGAAAGGACAUAAUAGAUGCAGUUGUUGUUGAUGAGGAGGCUGUAGGAGUCCAAGGACAGGGUUGUGGGGCCAAAAUCUUGUAUGGUGAAGGGGCACUGGAACAUUAUCUAUCACAGCAUGAUAAUAAUAAAGAUUUAGAGGCGGAUGGAGAAGCUGAACUGCCAUCCAUUGCGGCGUUGUAAAUUGUGUUCUUGAUUGAUAGUAGCCUCACAUGUGUUACGUGUACUGUACAGCAUAAUAAUAGAUUAUAUAAACUUGUAAUAAGAACCAGUUCUGCAGCAAAACCACCACCAUCUCUCAUCUCUAGUAUGUAUAUAUAUAUAUAUAUAUAUAUA